AAUAGUAUCAAAGGAAAGAGAUUGAGGCAAAUCCUCUUUUGAUAACCAAGAAAAAUGACGUGGCAUAUCACUGUGGGACAGAGACCUCGAUGAACAGUAGUUCAGAUCUGGAGCGAAGUAAGAAGCGGUGAAGACUAGCAGACCCGGUUCCCAUUGAUGAGAUAAUGGAUUCGAACCUCAAGAAAGCAAGAAUUUUGGAAGGAUGUGAAACCAAUGGUGGAGAAGGAAUUCUUGAGACACAAGUGGAUCUGAUGGAGACCUAUUCGAUUCCAAUGGGGGUUGGAGAGGAACGAGCAGCGGAAGGGGAUUCUCAAUCUGAAGACUCAAAAGGCUCAACGGAGAGUGACCCAAUACAGAACUCUAGUUUGCGAAUGAGUGAAAUUGAAGGAGAACUUGGGGCUGCAGAAGAUAGUCAAGGCAUGGAGGUGGAUGAAGGAAGUGAUGAAAGCUUCCCUUCCCGAAUCAACCGCCUCUUCCACUAGUUCUCACCAGAAUGAAUUUGUGGUUCGAUGGAUCAUGGAUACCACCCUUGGGAUCUGUAAUUUAAUUUAAUAUUGAUGGAAGCUAUUCAGCAGCAGGACGAAGUGGUUAUGGUUUUUUGUUCCAAAAUGCUGUAGCUUCCUUUCUUUUUGGUAGAUGUGGUAUCUGCAAACUGGUUUCUCCCUUGUAUGCUGAAGUAUUUGCAUGCAAUCAAGCAAUGCUGUUAUGCUGCUAAGAAUUUAGGUUUUGUGAACUUAAUUUUGGAAAGUGACAAUCAGACUAUUUUUAAGGUGUUGGAAGCUACACCUUUCGAUAUCAACACUCAAGUGUGGAUAUCUACAGUCUGAUCUUAGUUGGGUUUUCCUUUAGCUUCGUGCAAAGAAAAGCCAACAAGUCUGCUCAUCUAUUGGCAGCCAAAGGAGCAGCUUGGUUGGAAGGCAGUUGGUCUUGCUCCCCUUCCUGGCUGUUAUCUCAACUCUCAGAGGAUUCUUCUUUGUAGUUUAGUUUCUUUCCUGCUGUUUUCUCUCUGUUAAUUUGGUCUAUGUUGCUUCGGUUAGUUCUGUGUUUUCU